UUGAAAAUCCAGUUGAGGUUUUAGCAAAAACCAAUCUCUUCUCUGAACCGGAAAAUAGCAAACCGGUCGGUCAGCCCUCCGAGUGAUUUGAACUGUAUCAUGUUGAAAAUAGUUUCUCUCUCUGAACCCUCUUUUUGUCGAAUUUCUUCUUCCCCACCAGCGAAUCCGGCGAGCCUCUUGUUGAUGUUGAUUCGAGUCGCAGGUUUUAGCUAAUCAGGGCAUGAAACGGAUCUGCUCGUUUUCAAGUGUUCAACUUUUUUCUAGAAGUUUCAGAGCUUUAGCAUCGCCACGAUCUUUGAACUAUCCCCUGCAGUCUCUCAAGCGUUCAUCAGUUCGGAUGGAGAGUAGCAACUUUUCUUCUGGUGUCAGAACCGAUACUAGUGUGAAGCCAAGAGGAGCAUUGAUAGUUCUAGAAGGUCUUGAUCGCAGUGGGAAAUCAACGCAGUGUGCUAAGUUACUCUCUUUCUUGGAGGGUUUAGGACAUCCGACCGAGCUCUGGAGAUUUCCCGAUAGAGAGACGAGUGUCGGUCAGAUGAUAUCCGCGUAUCUCUCUAAUAAGUCGCAGUUAGAUGAUCACACAAUUCAUCUCCUUUUCAGCGCCAAUCGUUGGGAGAAAAGGUCAUUGAUGGAGGAAAAGCUUAAAACAGGAACUACGCUGAUCGUUGAUCGUUAUUCAUAUUCUGGUGUUGCAUUCUCAUCAGCUAAAGGUCUCAAUAUCGAUUGGUGCAAGGCCCCGGAAAUCGGGUUACUGGCUCCAGAUUCCGUACUGUACCUUGACAUUUCACCUGAAAGAGCUGCUGAGAGAGGUGGAUAUGGAGAUGAAAGGUACGAGCGAGUGGAGUUUCAGAAAAAAGUCGCAGACUUUUAUCAAACCCUACGCGAUUCUUCAUGGAAGAUAAUCAAUGCAGGUGAAGCCAUGGAGGAAGUAGAGAAGAAGAUUCAAGAAGUGGCAUUAGAUAAAGUCAAAGAGUGUACUAAAGGAAAGCCUCUGUCACUCCUAUGGUCGUCAUAAAACGUUUUCGAGUCAUAGCACUUGGCCACUUGCAAGUUCAGUGAUUUUGAAGGAACUAUUGUUGACGAUUAUACUAUUUUGGGCCGUAUAAGCCCAUUUACAAGCCCAAAUCUUUAGUU